GGGGGGGGGGGGGUUAUGUGUUGAAAAUGUACUCUUAUGUUUGGUUUUUGAUGAGUUUUGUUGAGAUCUAAGAGGUUUUAUAUAGUCGAUUGGUGAUAUGAAUUUGGAAUAAGAAGUCAAUGAUUUUCUUUAAUAUUGGAUCGUAGAUUCACUAUCUAAUAAAGUUAAGGAGCAAAAGGAAGCUAAUAUCAGAAUAUAAAAGGUAUAAUUUAAUAUAUUUUUUUUCAAAAUCUUGACUAGAAAUUUAUCAUUGACUAGAUUAGUAUGAAAAUGAAAUUUAGUAUAUGAAAAACUGAUUACAAUAUUGUUGACAUAUUAAUUCUGGUUUUAGUGUUAAAUUCAAUGUUAAUCUAAUAUAUUUAAAUAGAGACUUUUUAUUAACAGGUGUUUGGAUUAUCGAAAAAAAUUAUAACAGUCCAACUAAAAUUGACCUCAUUAAUAAUAUAAGUUUAAAAAUCUAAGAAUAAUAACCAAUAAAAAAUUCAGUUUAAAACUAAUAUUAGAUUAAUUUGAUUCUUAUUAAACCAUUCUAAAUUUUAUCAAACCAAAUAAGAAAAUAAUAUUUAGAUAUAGAAAAACAUAUUUUUAAAGUAUACAUAUCUAAAUAAAAUAUCUAUGUAAUUAUAAGUUUUUAUAACAAAUAAAUCAGAUCUACUAAACCAUAUCAAAUGAAUGUGUACUAAUAUAUAUUUAAAUAUUCUAGAUUUCUCCUUCUCAUUAAAAUAAUAAUAUCUUUAUACCAAAAAAAUCACAUUUUAUAAAUAUAUAUUUAAUUUAAAUAUGUAUUUAUUUAUUUAUCAUAUAUAUUUAUAGUUUAUGUAAGAAAGAAGCAAGAUUUCUUAAACUAUCUGAUUUAUACAUGUAUACUUUAAAAAUAAAAAUUAAUAUAAUAUAUUUUUAUCAAAAUUUUUGUAAACUAUCAAAUUAAGUUUUACAAAACAUUCUAUAUAAAUUUAUAGCAAUAAUGAUUAUAAAUAUAAUUUUAAUCAUUUAAAUUUUGUAAAAAUAUAAAUUUUAAUGUGUCGAUAAACUAUGAAUAUACUUUUUAGUUUAUUUUUUCAAUGGCAACCCAUCAAUAGUGUUUUAAAUGUUCUUAAAAUACUAAAUUUAUUCCAAUUUCAAAGAAAAUCGUGAGAACUUUUUAAAUAGUCAUUCAAAAAUAAUGAUAUAUAUCAGACGUCUAAAAUUAGGUUCGAAAAUGCAAAUUAAAAUAUUUCAUUCAUAUGAAUAGUAUAUAACUCUCGCUAAAAAUGUUUGAAACUAAUAAUAGAAAACGAAAUGUAGAUUUAUAUACAAAUAAAGAUGGUUUACCAAUUUUGUAAACUUAAAUAAUCGAUUUUCUUUAUGCUGGGAAAGGAGAAUUUCCUCGGCAUCUCGAUCAGGGUGAUCUCGUCCGUGAAAGGAGUAUCGGCGUAGGAGUCGGGAUCGCUUUUCCGGAUUGGGGGAGCUAUCCCUGGGAGCCUUUCCACCAUGGAUUGCAUGGCGUCGAGCCUCUUGGAGAACAUCUGUUCCAGGUAGGCGGUCAUGGAGAAUUUCGUCGUCGUUCCUCCCUUGGGUACUUCCUUAUCGGAGUCCGGCUCAGACUCGGUGUCUUCUACGUCGUAGGUCUGAGUACCUUUAGCCUUUCCGUGUGCUGCUCCGUCGCUGUUCAACAUUGUAGGCGGACGAGUCGUGUCUCCUCCGGAGUUAGGCGUCUCCAGAGUUGGCAUGGAUCAGAUCUGAGUCUGGAGGCGACGAUUUUUGUUGCUUGCUGUAUUGAGAGCUUGGUUUUCGUCUCGGAGGACAAGGUUCUCCAAUUCGAGCUGGUUGAGUUUCUCGGCGCUCUGCUCCAGCUGUUUAGAAUGUUUGUCAAGCUUCUCUUUCAAGAUUUGGACUUAUGAGGAGAGCUCAUGAUUCUCCAUAACCUCUUCUCGAGCCCUAUGCAGCUCGGUUACUUGACUUUGUAGACCGUCGAGUUGCCUUUGGAGCUUGGCUUCUCUUUGGGUAGCUUCGGGUAGCUCGUUUUGCUCAUCCACCGCCAUCGUCACGUAGUUUAGAUUACUCCCCUCCUUUUAGCGCCAAACUGUUAGGAGAUUUUUGUGUAGGAUCUUUGUGAGUACCACAUAACAAUGGAUAAGCCUUGUAUUUUGUAAGAAUUAAGGAGAAUAAGAUUUGAAGAGAUGCUUUAUUGAGUAAACAAGCCAGAACUACAAUGUAUUGAGUAUGAACCCUAGUUCUAGCCGUCUAGCUCUAAUCUUUAAGUCUCGAAGUAUCGAUCCCUUUUUCUAGGAUUUGAGCCCCCCUUAUGUAGUCGUCUUGAAGUCGGUCUUAGUCGGCCAAUAGGGUAAAACUCUUCCAUAUUCGGAUAUAUGGAAGGUUCUCCGUAUCGGAAGAUUUCCAUUUCUCCCAGAGGAGGGAAUGGUCGCAAGAAUAAGGCUCUAUCAACCCGGCUCACCGGAGCGUUUCCUAGCGGGGACCUGGGACAUCUCCUAGCAAGGACCCGGAGACGGUGUCCUGCCUGGAGUCUGGGGAAUUCAACACCUGAGUAUUUUUCCCCAACAAGCGGGAAAACCGAAAUUGAGUUUCGUAUGAGUUCUGAAAAGGAUUCAUACGAUAAUCCCUCGAGAAAGGUUACUCGAAUCCUCGGAAAAGCGGAUCCUGGGUUUCGAAACAACGAAAUGAGCAUAAGGCUCGAUCAACCCGGCUCGCCAUCGGGGCAAGCUGGAUGUACGUCCAAUUCGCCCUUGUGGCGAGUUAAACCGAACAAGCAGUCCAACUCGCCCGCUCGCCGGGUUGGAUCAACUAACCUAUCUUUGUCCCUUCCUCGUAGCUCCCUCCUUCGAGAUCGGACUGAACUUGCUCUUGUUUCAUCUCGAUCGAAGUCCGCAAGAACUCGUUAUCUCGUAUGAAAUUCUAAUUGAUUGUCUAAAAUGGCAACGGUUAACGAAACACCUUGAACUACCUCCAAUAUACGAGAAAUUUGAACUUUCUUCAUAAUCGACGUCGUUUCGGAAGCGCUCUUUCGAUAAAUCAUAAAAACGCUUAAGUCGAAAAACAGCCCGAAAGGGUCCAGAACGCGGCUAAAAGUCCACUCACGAUUUUAUACGAAUUCGAGCCCAAUCGUUAUAACGGGUUAUCUUUUAUUCUGCAGGAGAAGAUAAAUGUUACGUUUAGAGGAUAAUGUGAAGUUUUCAAAGAUAAACACGAAGAUCGAAGGAAAAUGGAAUAUUUCCGCGAAGUGAUAAACUCAACCGUGGUUAGAAAGGGAAAGAGCAACCACCUCUAGGAGGAGUAUAUAAGGAUGUCGAGGUUGAAGAGGCAAAAGGACAAUUCUUUUUACUCUUAGAACUCUCUGCACUUAGAAACUUUAGGCAUUAUUCUCGACAUGUUCUGUUUCUAUGAAUGACACUCGAUUACUAGACGAACUCGCAAAGGCGGUUCGAUCUCUUGUUCUACUCUUUCAAUCGAACUACGUUCGGCUUGAUCCUCGAAAGGGGUACGUAGGCAGCAUUUCAAAAGGUUAAGUCCGAAAUCAAUCAAAACCUUUUUCGUAUCUUUUUUUGUCUUCUGUUAUCGAGCUGUGACUCAACUAGGUUUAUGGUUUUAGGUUGCUAGAACUAAUAAUUCGCUGAAAGCUCUUGCAGCCGAAGCUUUUAUAAUCUCUUGUGAUGAUCACAUCACUCUUAAGCGGAUUCGAAAUAAGAUCUACCUUUUCUAUAAAUUUGUUUUGUUAUCUUUUCAUAUUUUCCGCAUUUAUUUGGUCACUUGUCGUUGGCUCUCGCAGAGAAUCCGUGACCUCAGGGAAAGUUAGGGUUUCUUGACUUUCCUCUGAUUACGGAAAUCGAUGGUGCGAAUUUCGUUUCCCAGAGUUUGGCGCUAGAAGGAGGGGGGGGGGGGUACAGAUCAAUCUAGCUCAUGGCUACAAAACGCUUGAUCGAAACGAUGUCCGGAAAUAUGAAAGACAAAUUCGCAGCACUGACUGCUCCUAUGGCCAACGCUUACUCAAACACCAUAGUGCUCAACAUAAUCGAAAACCUAGUCGCGACUUUUCGCCACGAGAAGAGCACCAAAACGAGUUUGCGAUUUCUCUAUCUAAACAGAAAGGGAAACGAUAAAUUUUUUCAAACCCCAUAAGUUUCGGCUCAUUACCGAGCUAAAGAAGUCUCAACCCAUAAAGGUUUUACCAAAAGACGUUUUCCGAAAACUUUUCAGAAAAAUAAAACUUUAUCACCCCAAAACCGCGGAAAACCCUAGGUUAAUCGCGUAAAAAGAAAGCACAUAAAAACGGGUACAUAUCUCACUGCUAUACUUCUUACAAAUAUCUUCGGAAAACCCUAGGUUAAUUGCAGAAAAAGGAAGCACAUCAAAUCGGGUACAUAACUCACCGAUGUACGUUUUCCGAAUAACUUUCAGAGAACCCUAGGUUAAUCGCAGAAAAGGAAGCACAACAAAUCGGGUGCAAGAUUCACCAAUGUACUUCUUCCGCAUAAUUUUUCGGAAGAACCCUAGGUUUCUUGCGGAAAUGGAAGCACAUCAGAUUGGGUUGUCAAUCCCCCACUCAAAAACUAAAACGACUGACGAAGACUAAACUAAGCAAAGUGGGAGAUCGUAUCCCUCACUGCGAAAACAUUUUCUGAAACCUAAGAUUUCUUAAGAAUUCAAUUAUCACUUCUAUAGUAACAAAUUCCGUGAGUUGUCGAUGUUUGUCACCUAAAUCUUACUUCGGAAAAGCCUACUCGAAACUUCCACGGAUCAAUCCCACGGAUAAAAGAAAAACUUUGUUGGGGUCAAAAACGGACGCGACGAAGUUAACAUCCAAAUAUCCGUAAAAAUCAGCAUGAACAUUUUUACGAGAAGUAAUCUUUGUAAAUAAAUCUUUACGAAGAACUUUGCGGUGAAAUCUUGCACUAAUCUCCGUUGAUUCAUCGAAACUAAACACCCAUAGUCCAAGAACACGUUCAUAAAACAUCAGAAAAGGAUCCAAACAAGGUCGCCACGUAGCGACCGGUCCGCAAACGAGCCGGUCUUUACGUAGCGACCAACCAAGACACUCGGUUAUUUAUAGUUUAUCUCCAUGUUCAAUUCAGGUCUACAUCACACAAAUGUAACAUUAAGUACAUUCCAUAGGAAACUACAUGGUGUAAGGAAUAGAAAAGGUAAAAGACACCCAUAGUAUUAGUAACUUUUUAUUAUCAUAUCAGAGAAUUGAGAAGAAACCAAACAUAAAACUCGUGGAAGAAAAGUUAAAACUUGUCUGAAAGGAAAUAAAGGCUUGCCAUAGUUUCUUCUCCAGCCUCCUUGCUGUUUCUAUAAUCUUUUUGUCCAUCUGGACAACAGCAAAAGAAACACAUAAAUUGAAUAUGAUCCAACAAACAUAGUGUUUAGCAGAUGACCAUCAUCUAAGAACCACGCAAAGAGUAGGGAUGCCUAAAACCCAUUUCAAGAGAUAAUAAAAAAAAUUAGAGAGAAACACAUAGUGUGAAUGUACGGGAUGUGAAGAGAUAACUUAAGAGAAGCGAAAAUCAGAGAAAAAUAUAUGCUAUGGAGACCUGAGAUUUGGAAGUAUGGUACUCUAAACAUUUUCUUUUGAAUGUAAACUGUUGCAAUGACCUUUACCUUAUUCUCGUAGUCCACUGACCUGAGACAGAAAGUGCUUCACUUUUCUUGUCAAGUUUUGCAGCAAUAACAUUGGUCUCCUUAGAUACAUUUGUCAUGUCAAAGACACCACACCUCUACCACACCUUAAGAUAAUUAGAACUAAAACACUAUUAAGAUAAAAUGAUCCAUUAUCUAUUCAAUAUUCACAGUUUUAAUCAUAUGGUGAUAAAUUGAAAAUUUGGAGAGAACUUGGUAACUGAAAAAAAAAACAGACCUUCUGUGUAGACUUUAUGGUGGCGACUGGCAAGGUUUGAAAAUUUCUGGGAAAUCAAUCAACAGAGGAGACCAAUUAAGAUCUGUCUCUAAUGCACUCAUUCUGCAACAGUACAAAAAAAAGUGUAAGCAGAAGAAGUUUUCAAUGAAAAAAGUGGGAGAUGUAAUGAUCGGUUUCAGCGUGACAUUCUGAAGCACUGCCAGUCUCCCAAACUCUGGAAGGUGCUGGAAAUAUAAAGUAACGACAUAGACAGAGGUUUUUAAGGAACCCAUUGAUUCAUGCAUUGUUAAAUUAAUUACAUACUGAAGGAAGAAGAUAAACAAAUCUGUACAAACCAUGCCGCCGAAGAUUUCUAUUUAUAGGUAGGAGAUCGUGAAGAAGCUGAAAAGGACGGAGGUGGUGAAGUAAUGAGACGUAGCCGGGGUCGAGUUAACUGAGAUUGAAUGUGAAGGUUAAUGGCAUCCAUUACUCAGAUCUCCGAUUAGACAAAAGGAAUGGAAUUAGGAUUUCAACGAUGUUGACGACCCCUAUGAAAUAUGGGCCCACUUUAUUUCUGAGAUAACAACCCACCCCAUUCAAGAAAAAAUUUCGAUUAUUAAUAAAAUGAUGCCACAUGUCAAGAAAAGCACCGCUCUCCUUGAGGAUAUGGAGGCAUGAGGAGAGAUCAUGAGCUUACUUUAUUAUUAUUGAUUGAUUUUCUCAGUUAAGUAUAUUAUAUGUUAUCUCUACUAUACAUAAUUUCUUUACUGUAGUAUCUAGCAAAGUAGCAAUAAUACUAUAAAGUUUAAUAGGUAUGUAACGUAGGAAAAGUUAGGAAACAUAAAUAAUUGUAUAUGUAAAGGAGGAUAAGAGGUUUAAUAAUAUACCGUGCUUAGAAUUAGUAAAUAUGGUAGUUGGAUCAUAUUUUGUCUUCCAAUUUAAAAGAAAGAUAAAUCCCCUAUAUAUUAAUUGAGAAACAUUACAACUUUUUUUGUAGCAUGUGGCAUCACUAGAAUGAUUCUUAGAAUCAUGAGAAAAAUGUCUUAAACAAAUACGAGCCAAAAAUGUCGAAGAAACUACACCGCAAAGGCCGAGCAUAUUUAAAUAAGGAUAUAAGAACAGAAAUUUGUGUAUUUCAUUCCGGGAAAUGAAUGAAAGAGUUUCAAUCCAAACAUGAGAAGAUUGGAAAAGUUCUUGCAUAAGGUUAUUGCGAGAAAUGAUGAAUUUAACGAAACAAUCUUCCGUAAAGCAAAAAUCAGAAAGUUUCCUUGGAAGAACCUCAUAAGAAAAUAUGUGAGAUAAUCUUCCACAAAACAAGUUUCAGAAAAUAUUUAUAGAAAAACUUGCGUAAAACAAAUGAAAUUGUUCCCAAAGUAUACGGAGCAAUAAACUGAAGGAAUGAGAAUGGACGAAAGGAAUCACCACCCUUCAUACACUCAAAGUCACCCUUCUCUCUCUAUCCUGAGCUCAAUGUCGCCCAAAUCCCUCUCUCUCUGCUUGGUUAAUGUCGCCCAAGUCCCUCUCUCCAAGGUCAAUGUCGCCUUUCUCCUCCCCUUAUCAAGUCUUUGUCUCCCAAAUCCGUCUCUCCUUGGUAAAUGUCGCCCAACUCCCUCUCUACUUGGUAAUGUGGCCCAAAUCCCUCUCUCCUUGGUUAAUGUGGCCCAAAUCCCUCUCUCCUUGGUCAAUGUCACCUGAUGCCUCUCUCAUCAAGUCAAUGUCGACAUUCUCCUCCCUCAUCAGGUAAAUGUCGCCCUUCAUGCUCAGAUAUUUCCCAAUGAGGUUCCCAUCAUGUACUUCUUUGAAUCUCCUGCGAAAUAUCUCUUGUUUCGUAGCAAUCGGAGUUUCCGUUAAGAUUUUAAGAAGAAAACAAGCAGGACGUUGUUUUCUUGUAAAAGUGCAAGUCAGACGUCAAGACGAUACUGGUUAACUUAAAACCAUCGUGUCAUACAAUAAAUGAAUUGAUUUUUAUCAUUUCAUAAGACCAACGACAUAGAAAACGUACAUCAGAAAAAUCGACGUUUUCCGAGAAAAUUGUAAAAAACGAAUAAGUUGUUAAACGGUCCGAAACAGUCUAAAUUACAACGAAAGCUCACACAUUUACUAAAAAUUCAUAUAAUGGUUAUAAACAGAAUUUCAUUCAGUUCAUACUUACUGAUGUUGACUCUAAAAUGCAGGAUAAAAUCUUCUGAGGAUUUCUCGAGAAAAACUCACUGCAGAUAUCUAAAUAAAAACCAAAUUAUAUCUGACUGAAAACACUUUGUAUAUUCAUUUGAUGAUUACUGAGCAACCUAUUAUGGAAAAAAUAAUAACAACACUGAUGAAAACAAUACUUAAUAAUGUAUAAUCAUUCUACUUAAAACUUGAUCAUGACUUGUAUAUAUGUACCUAUUUGUGAAAUUAUCAACAUGUUCAGUAGUAGAAUUAACCAAUAUCUUUGUGGCAAUGAAAGAAUUAGAUAUGCUUGUUUCACUUGUAAUACACUGCAAAGACAUUAAACAUAUAAAUUGAAUAAACAAAAAAAAGCAUAAAUGAGGAAAGAAUUAAAAGUGUUAUACCUUUGUAAGAUUUGACAGACAUAAAACGCAUGACAACUACCACAACCACAUCCAUAUUCUUCGCAGUAUAAGUAAAGGUUUUUUUUUGCAUGAUCCUUCCAUAAAGUACACUUAAAUGUAACCUCACUGAUAUUAAUUAUAUAUAUAUAAGAUAUUAUACCGUUGAUUAUAUGAUAUAAAUAUGCAAAAUCCCUUACUUUUAUCGCGCAUAAUCAUUUGGAGAAUGGAAGAACUGUUUGAAUUUAUUCUAGAUUUCACUUCUUCAACAUUGCCAACAUGAAUGAGUUGUACAAUGGCAUCUAUAAUUCGCGGUAUAAGUAAAUGUUUUUUUUUGCACGAUAUUUCCAUAAAGUACAUUUAAAUGUAACCUCACUGAUAUUAAUUAUAUAUAUAAGAUAUUAUACCGUUGAUUAUAUGAUAUAAAUAUGCAAAAUCCCUUACUUUUAUCGCGCAUAAUCAUUUGGAGGGUGGAAGAACAGUUUGAAUUUCUUUUAGAUUUCAUUUCUUCAGCAUUUCCCACAUGAAUGAUUUUUACAAUGACAUCUAUAAUUUAAAACAAACAGAAGAUGACAAACAUAAGAGAUUAGUCAGAAUGUAAUUGUAAAAUGCAUUUUAUUUUGUGCUACCAAAUAUAUAAGAGUAUUAUAUGAUAUAAAUAUUAAAAAUCACUUACUUUUAUCGUGCAUAAUCAUUUGGAGGGUGGAGGAACUGUUUGAAUUUCUUUUGGAUUUCACUUCUUCAAUAUCGCCAACAUGAAUGAUUUGUACAAUGGUAUCUAUAAUUUAAAACAAACAGAAGAUGGCAAAUAUAAGAGAUUAGUCAGAAUGUAACUAAUGGAAAAAUAUACAUUUUAUUUUGUGCUACCGAACAUAAGAGUAUUGUUACUUAUUAAUACGAUCAUUUCAUAUUUUCCUUCUAACACCUCACCAAAUCAGUGAAAUACUUAUAUGAGGUACAUCAUUAGGAAAAUCAAUCAACCCUUUUGUGCUAGUGGUCCUUAGAAUAGCCAAUCUGUAAAGAAAUUAACUAGUUCCAAACUCGUCACUGUAUUCUUUUAGACUGAAUGCGUUUAUUGAUAAAAUUUGACCUUCGUUUAGAAGAUGUUUAUGUACUAGUUCAUUCUCAAUUGAUGCGUUCAAUCUGGUACCCUGUGAUUUUGUUUUUUAACAUAUGGUUGACAAUAUUCUCAAGUAUAUCGUAACUUUCAUGUUUAAAUGAUUUACAAUAAAUUGAGAGAUUCUCUUUUACAAAGCCGAAUUCAUAUUAUAUACAUUGAGAUAUUCUCUUUUACAAAGCUGCAUUCGUAGUUUUAAUAUAUAGAAAGUGUUGUUUUUGGAAAUAAUAUCAAAACUGAAUAUCAAAUUAUACGUGCUUAUCAAACAACCAAAACCCAUAACGUUCUAAAUAUUUAAAUGACAUAAUUUAUCAUGUCUCAUUUGUAUUUCAUGAAACCUAAACCAUAUAACCUAAAUAUUUCUAAACCCUAAAUUUAUGGAAUACGAGUCCCUAAAUUCUAAACCCUAAACAACAUAAAAUUUACAAUUGUGUAUAUAUAUAUAAGCGAAUAUCGUAUGAGGACAUGGAAUCAUAAAUUAAGAUCACCAAUACAAUUUUGUAUAUCUAAAACACACACACACACACACACAUAUAUAUAUAUAACUUAAACCAACAAUGAAACUUAGAUUUAAAGUCAAACUUUCCAAUACUAUGAUUUGAAAAUUAUGAGCUAAAACUAGAGGAAAACAACCGAGCGAGUAUUGUUAGGAUAACCAUAUGAUAUAUUAAGACAAACGGAGAUUUAGGAAGCGGUAAUUAAAAACAGUUAAGGAAGCAAUCCCACAUUAGCCAUGUCAACAAAUUUAGAGAGACUUAUUGAUGAGACACAUAUGGCUGAACAUCCUAUGUCAUCUUAGCUUAGUCACCAUUAAAAAUUAAACAACAAUAAAAUUAUAACAUUUUCACUUAAUCGUGUUCUCAAUUAAUAGUAUGAUUAAACCUAUUAAAAAUUAUAUUAAACUAUACCAAAUGGAACACGAAAUCAAAUACUUUAAAUUAUAUAUAUUGUUAUCUGAAUAAGUAAAAUGACUUUAUAUUAGUUGAAAUUUAGUUAUUUAUUUCUCCUUUUCUAUAUUCUAGAAAAAAAUUUAAUAUCAGUUAAAGUGCAUGAAAUAUUAUUGUGAUAUUAAAUUUAAAUAUAAAUGUUAUACUAUCAAACAUACAUGUAAAAUAUUUUAAAUAAGAGUCAUGCAUGUAAAAAUUGUAGACAAAAUUAUAACAAUCAUAUAUCCAUAGUGAGCCUUUGCAAAAAGAAAAUAAAAAUGAAUUAUUAUGCUUAUAAAUUGAUGGUUUAUGUCAAUCAAGUAAAUAAAUAUCAAAAGGGUAUAAUAAGAAAAUUCGUUUUGGCUAAAAAGAUUAGUCACAAUAGUACUAGGAUUUUAUGUGUAUUCUACAACCUAUAUUAUAAGUUCCUUUUUAUAUUUAUAAAAAAUAUUAGUACAUUUAUGACCACAACUUAUAUACUUGAAAAUAAAUAAAGAGAUAGUGAAAUUGUAACUAAUUUAAAAUUUAUAGAUUUUUUUUUUUAAAAAGGUUUAAAUGUGAUACAUCAUGUGUACAUAUAUUUUAACAGAUGUAAAUUUUAUGUAAAUUUAUUAUAAUUUCAGAAACUUUAAAUAUUGUAAAGUUAAUAAAUUAUAAUAUCUACAGCAGAUGAAGAAUCUAGUUUUCUAUAUAAUAUUUAAUUGGUUUUGCACAACCUCUCAAAAUUACAUUUCUGAAAAUGUCAUUUAAUUUAUUAGUAAGAUACAAAAAAUGGUAAAAAACAAAUAUCAUAUCACAAACAAAUCAUGGAUUUUUAACGAGGCAUAUAACUAAUGGCUGACAUAUAUCUUCUCUAACUUAUUUUAAAUUGUUCAUAACUAAAAAAAUGUAUAGAUAUCUUUUUAUUAAAGAAGAAAAUAAAUUGCAUAUGUGAUAUUAUAAAUGGUAUUAUAUAUAAUUUCGCGUACUUCCUCCCAAAAAGAAUACAAUGGUUUCAAGAAACCGAAAUUUCAUUUCCAUGCUAAUAUCAUUUCUAAUCAUCUAUGGAACGGUGUCAUUUGCAUCUGCAGGGCUGUUGCUCUUCUCCGCUAAACAUGUUAUAAUUAUCAAUGAACUUGCUACGCGUGCAACAUUAAUUGUGCACUGUAGGAACAAAGGUGAAGAUAAGGGAGUAAUUUCACUUGGACCUGGUGAUAGUUUUGAUUUUAGAUUCCGUGUUAACAUCCGAAAAACAACGGUAUACACUUGCAGUUUUGCUUGGCCUGACAAUACAGAGACAUUUGAUAUCUUUAGAGCUGAUCGAGACGAUAAUCCGAAAAGCAAAGUUGGGGUUUGCAGCGAAUGCAUUUGGAGCAUUUACGAGGCAACACCAUGUAGAGAUAGACGUGAUGGAGGCCAGCCUUACUGUUUUAAGUGGUCUUCUUAAAUUAUUUUAAAAUAUUUCUUGCAUGGUUUAAUUUUGUAUGUUCUUGGCAUUACGAUAAAAUUAAUUAUUUUCUAUAAGAUAAUUCUAGUAAUUUAAGAAAUAUUUCAUUUAAGAUAAUGUUAACUUAUUUAUUGAUUUAUCUUUCUAUGUUAACAGAUGCAAAUAUAAUACUAGGUGAUAAUUCUAUAAUUUGUGUUAAUUAAAUUGUACAUAGUACAAUAUAAAAUGUUUUGUUUGUAAAUACAUAUAUUUAAAAUUUCAAUUUUUUUCUUUUUAUCUAUAGUUAAAUUAAUUAAAUUUGUAGGUAUUUGUAAAUGGGUAUGAAUAAAUAAUAUAAAGAUCUAAAUAGGUUCGUAGAAUAGAGAAAUUGAAGGAGAUAUAUGGGAGAAUGCACAACCAAAAGAGGGAACUAAAUUAUAUAAAUGAUAUUUUCCUUUUCUUAUAAUUUUUUUGUAUAUAAUAUUUGGUUUUUCACAUCCCUUGUCAAAAUAAACACCUAGCUAGUAAUGGAAAAAAAUAAUAUCAUUUCAUUUAUUAAUUAUAAUCCAUCCGUUUAAAAAUUAGGAUCAUUUUCCUGAAUGUGUUAUUUAAAUUUUCAAUAUAAAUUUUUUAAAAAGUUUCAGUUUCAGUACUAUUGAUUAAUGUGUUAACAGGUUAGAUAAAAUUAUAAAUUAGGAAAUUUAUUAUAUUUUCAUAAUAAUUGUAUAAAAUAUUAAAAACAUCAAAAAUUAAUCGAAAGGAAUAAUAUUUUUUCUCCACAAGACAUAUUAGAUCAUAAAUUAAACCACAAACCAAAUCACGAAUUCUCAAUGUAUUAACUAAAAUGAAAAAUUGAUAUUAUUUUAAUGAGGGAAGUAAUUAAUAUGUAAUUCAAUUCUACUCAUUUAUUUUAAAUAUGUUGCAAACGAUACAAAUGAAUAUGUUAUACUACAGCGGAUAUAAUUCUCAUGUCCUUUCUGGCUAAACAAUACGCCUUAUAACAAAAUAUCAUUUCAAUCUAUAUAUAUUAAAUACUACUUUACUCCUUAACAAAUAUUGUAACACAAGAUGAAGAAAAAAGGACAAUGGCUUUCUGAAGGAAACACAAUUACAUAUACAUUUGUAAUCAUCCUUGCAACGAAAUAAAAAGGCUGCUAUUCAUCUAGUCAUGAUUCAAACUCAGGGUGCUUAGGAUCCAACAUCACUAAUAUUUCCACUGGACUAAUAAUAUAUUAAAAAAAAAUUGCACGAAAAUUUUAUCUAUAUUUCAAAGGCCGUAAGCCCAUGCUUCUACAGCUUCCUAUCAGGGCUGGGCCUCUGUCUGCAUGAUUUUUGCCUUCUCAGGCAACCAUGUUGUGAUUAUCAGAAAACUUGUAACGUGUGUGACGUUGAUUGGCAUUGUACGAACAAAUACAAAGAUAAGUGAAUGAUUUCACUUGAUUUCGAUUUUAGAUUUUGUGUCACCUUCACAAAACAACGGUAUACACACUUGUAGUUUUACUUGGCUUAGCAAUACAUAUGUAUUUGAUAUUUUUAUAGAUUAUCAAGACGAUAUCUGAAAAGCAAAGUUGGAGUUCGCAGAAAAUGUAUUUAGAACAACUACAAGCAAGCACCAUGUAGGGAUUGACGUAAUGGAGGUCAAACUAAUUGUUUUUCGUGGGCUUCUUAAAAUAUUUAAUUAUUCCAUCAUUUUUACUGUAUUUCCUUGUAGUGCAACACAAAUUAUAAUAAACUAAGAAAUUUGGUUCUUGAAAUAAUUUUUACAUAUUAUAUACUUAUACGAUAUAUAUCAAAAGUUCACAACUAUACUUUUAAUAGUAUUUUCCAUUCACGUCUUUCUAGCCGUCGAACAAUCCAUAAUACUGAUGAUACACCAAGAAAAUGUAAAUUAUCCUUCAAAAUAUUUAAACUAGAUGGGAUAUAUAAACAAUUAGAUUUGAAGAUUGGAUUCAAUGUUUAUAUAUUCAAUAAUGACAGUGCAGUCUAAUUGUUAGCAAAGUAGCGUUCAACUUUGUAAAUUAGCAUGGGAAUGACUCUGUAUGCUCGUAAAACAAAAAUCAACAGAGCCUGUUCACACAAAAAGCCAACUAUUAGGGGUCAGUUUCUUCUCAUAUGUAAAUGUAUUUAGGUGUAUCUGCAUGUACCUAGACACGAUAAAUUCUGAUGGAGUUGUUUUGGGGGAAGAAGGUAUUUUAUUAAAGACCCAGGGAUAACACCAAAAUAGGGAUUUUGAUACAAAGGCAUAGCCUUAAGCGACAGAGUUGGCCAGUCUAUUUUGCGCUCAAUGUAUACAAGGAAAAUGACAAAAGACAAAGGAAGCUAAAAGUGAAGCUUUUUUUGAAAUAAUGUCAAAUAAUUCAGUCGAUCUCCUAUUAACAAUCUCUUGAGAGUCUGAGUGAAGCCAGAUUUUUGAUACGCAAAAAGAAGUGGCAUGGAUUUGAUCUAUCCUAAUCAGUAAUCACCCUACCUAUUGCAUGCAUGAGAAGGAAAUGUGGUCUUCAAAAUGAGAUCUCGGGUAUGUCUCCAAGGUAGAAUGAUUGUUGAAGAUCCUUCCGAGACCUGCUUAUUUUAAGUCAAGUUUCCAAGCGGUAUCAGAGUUUUCGAGUAAAGUAUAGCAAAUAUUGUGGAAGCACUGUAGCUUAUCAUUGGUUAAGGUUUAAGGGCUUCUACACAAAGGUCUAGGUUUUGAUUUUCAGACUAUGCAAUUUCUUGCAGAUUAUAUGAUGCGAAGCUUAUUGGAGCUUCCAAAGUACGAGUACUGUAGGUAGAGCCGUUCGUUGUGGUUGUCUGCUAUGGAGAGAGCCUGUAUUGAGGAUGUCGUACAUGCAGAACCGUCCGUCGAUCCAAAUGUUUCGGGGAGAACUUCAUCGUGGAAUCUUAUCCGUGGAGCUGUUCACCAACAUCACAUAUGUCGCAGGUAGUUGAUCAUCAUAUGUAAUAGAGUUAGAGAUUAUAUGAUAUGUAAUGUGUUACCCAGUGUUAAAAAAGUAUAGCAAAUAAAACUUCAAAAUAUUAGAGUAUAUAUAUAAAUAUGAUAACAAGGAAAAUUUACAAUAUUUUUGGAGAGUGUUAGGAUUUCUUUUAAAUUAUAACUAGACCUUGACCGCGGAACCGCAAGGGUGUUUAUUUUAAAUUUUUAUUUGUACUAAAUGUUAUAUUCGUAUACAUAGUUGUUGUAAUACAAUUAGUUCUUUGAAAUCUGACCUGGAGCCCAAGUCGAACCGGUAAAUCCGUGUGACUUAUAUGUAAUCCGGUUUGGGUUUUAGAAAAAAAACAUUAUAUAAAAACCCGAUAAAACUCACAAAAAAAACGUUUACACCUGGAUUUCGCGUACCUGUUCAACUAUUGAUUGACCAAGUAGAUAAUAUUUUUCUGUAGAUGUUUGUAAUUAUGUUAUUAAAAUUUGUUUUGUAUUCUAAAUGAAAAGUUUGGUUUUUAGUUUUUUUUUACUAUUAUCUUCCUCUACUGUUGACUUUGUGUGUCCUUCGAAAUUUUUAUGUUGUUUGAUUUUCUGCUUAUCGUAAAUCUUACAUACGACAUAAAUUUUUAGUUCUGAAUUUUACUUUAAAUUUUUAGAUUUGUAAGAGGAUUUCACUAGGCCAUUGGAAGCAAAUGAACGAUGUUAGAGAACUAAAAUUAGUUUAUAUUAUUUGGUAUUACUAUAUUUUUGUUAUCAACAAUUUAUUAUAAUUUGAUAUUUUAUUUUAGGUUAAUUUUUUAUUAGAAGUUUAAUUUUAUUACUCGAAUUAGAUAUUUAAAUACUAAUGAAUUAUAAGUCUUGAUAUUUUUUUAGUAUGUUAUAACUUCUAACUUGUCACAAAAAUUGUUAAAUAGUAUAAAUUAUUUUUGAUAUUUUAUGUGAAAUGAAAAUAAAAGAUAAAGAAAAGUUAAUUUAAUUAUUAUAUAUAUAUAUAUGUAUAUAUAUUUUUAAACAUAAAAUAUUUUUUAUAAUUAAUAGCUAAUAUAUUAUUAUGCAACAAAAUUAAUUAAUUUACGAUAGACCCAAUAACUUGGUGAUCAGGAAAUUGUCCGAUUCAAUGUUAGGGUUAGAUUUAAAAACACUGGAUAUGAAAUUUUGAAAGAUUACUAAAUGAUAUAUAUAUGGAGAAAUGAUUAUUCGACAUAAGUGGUGAAGAAAUUUUGGAUACACUUUUUAGAAAGAUAACAAUCAUUAUUGAUGUUUUUUGGUACAAUUAGGAUAAAGAAAAUGCAUUAAUAAA